UAAUUAUGAGUGACCGAAAGCGUAGCCCAAAUUUCACACAGGCGGAGAGGGAGCUUUUCGCUUCCCUUCUCAGCGAGUACUCGUCGGUAAUAGAGUGUAAGUUAUCUAAUAUGCAAGCGAGGACCGAAAAAGCGGCGGCUUGGGACGCUUUAACCCUAGCUUUCAAUUCUCAAACCACUUACAUUCAAAGGGACAAGGACUCCCUCAUGAGAUUGUGGGAUAACAUGAAGAGGGAAGCUCGGAAGAGUCGUUCUGAUGAAAAGCAGGAGUUGAUGGCGACAGGAGGGGGUGUUUCAACAAAGCCGGGGCCGUCGCAUAUAGAUGAAGCAGUCCUCCAAGUACUUGGUGCGAGCGCAAGUGGCCUUUCAAACCCUGCUGAUGGGGACAGCUCAGGCAGUCUGACCCUCCCAAACUUCAGUGGAAUACAUGUGGUUAGCAUCGAGCAGGAGAACAUACCUCCAUGCAGGGCAGUUCAAAGGGAGGACCUCAGGGCUGCCCUGCAGCAAGCCACUUGUACUCCUGGUGCAGUUGGUGUUGGUGAGGCAAAUUGGGGAAGCGAGGGCUUUAAGCCCUCAUUGCUGUACAGCCCCAAGCCGGCAGCUUUGAGGGUUAAUGCUUCCUUGGCGUCCUCAAGCAAGUCCUCCCCAGCUUCUUCACCUACUGCCUCCCCAGCUUCAUCCUCUUCUCCAUGCCUGCCGAAGAGGACCCUGGCUGAGGAGGCUGAAUUUGUGAAGAAUGCGAAAAGAAGGCGUCCUCGUCUUAAUGAGGACAAGAAGACUGCACUCGUAGAUGCCAAACUGGCAUUAAUGAACGCCUCUAUGAAAUGUCUUGAAGAAGAGAAGGCCCAGAGGGACACCUUCUUUGAGAUUGAGAAGAAGAAGAAAGAAUUGGAAUAA